AUGUCGCAUCAACAAAUAGCAAAACAACAUUUAGUUUAUGCAAUUUUAAAAUUUCUCGAUGGAGAAAUACGAGCUGAAUCUUCUAACGCUGAACGACGUGAAAGCAUGGAAGUUGCUGUUCAAUGUCUUGAAACAGCAUAUGAAGUAUCACUUACAAAUGCACAAAAUGAAUCAAUGUAUGGUCCACCUAUAGAUCUUGUAUCACUUGUAUCAGAUAUUGCAGCAGCAACAUCAUCGCAUCAAGCAACUUUCACAUCAUGGCUAAGUGCUAAUGAACAACCGUCUAUGAAUGUACCAUUAACAGAUGAUAUGCGACAACAAGCGGAUAAAUUAAAAAAUGAAGGAAAUGAAUUUGUUAAACAAGAAAAAUAUAAAGAAGCAUUAGAUGCAUAUAAUGCAGCAAUUCAAAUCGAUGGUAAUAAUGCCAUUUAUUAUUGUAAUCGUGCUGCUGCACAUAAUAAAUUAAAUAAUAAUGAUCAAGCAUUACAUGAUUGUUUUCAUUCUAUUGAAAUUGAUCCAAAUUACAGUAAAGCUUAUGGACGACUUGGUGUUAUUUAUCUCUCAUUAGAUAAAGUACAUGAAGCACUUGAUGCAUAUAAAAAAGCACAGGCAUUAGAACCAAAUAAUGACAAUUAUAAACAAUCUAUUAGAAUCUGUGAAGAUCGAUUGAAUGGAGCACCAGGAGGUGCGGCUGGUGCUGCAGCUGGUGGUGUACCUAAUAUGCAAUCUAUGUUUGGAUCAUUAUUGGGUGGUAUGGGUGGUAUGCCUGGCAUGGCUGGCAUGGGUGGAAUGCCUGGUAUGGCUGGCAUGGGUGGUAUACCUGGUAUGCCUGGUAUGGGUGGUGGUGCAGCUGGUGGACCAGACAUGAUGUCAUUUUUUAAUAAUCCAUCAUUGAUGAAUAUGGCAAUGCAAUUUGUUCAAAAUCCUCAAGUUCAAGGAUUAAUGGCAAAUCUAGUAACAAAUUUAGGUGGACAAGAAGGUGGUGAAGUUGGUUUAGAAACUCUAUUACAAACUGGCCAACGUAUGGCUACAGAAUUAUCAGCUAAUAAUCCUGAACUUAUGGAAAAUCUUCGACGUAAUAUGGGUAAUCGACCACCUGGUGGAGAUAAUAAUAAUUCAACACCAGAUAAUAACUCCAACGAAUCAACAAAUCCUGAUAAUAGUUCAGAUCAAAAUAAACCACCAUCAUCAUAA